CUUCGAUGUGCCAGACUGGAAGAGCCAAAAUAAGCAAUGGACAGGAAGCAUCGCCUGGAUCGAGCAGAGACGUUCUCCUUUGUCAACCCCUGGAUUCGAUAUUUUCUCUUCUUUUUCAGCUUCUUAUUUUGGGUUUUCUCCUUGUUGAUUGUUGCAAUCGGUGUUUACGCUAAAGUCCAGAAAGCCACAGACACUGUACGGGACGCGUUCCUGAUCGACCCGGCUGUCAUCCUAAUUGUAGUGGGCGUGGUCAUGUUCUUCAUCACUUUCUGUGGCUGUAUUGGAGCUCUCAGAGAAAACAUUCACCUCCUCAAAACAUUCUCUUUAACUCUGACCCUGGUCUUCCUCACCCAGCUGGUUAUAGCAAUACUGGGCUUCUUUUACUCAGAACAGACCCGUGACACUUUGGGAAGGUUCGUGAAGAAAGGAAUUGUGCACUACAGGGAAGACUUGGAUCUGCAAAACUUGAUGGAUUACAUUCAGAAAGAGUUCCAGUGUUGCGGUUGGAACAAUUAUACGGACUGGUCAUGGAACUUGUACUUUAACUGCACUAAGGAAAACCCCAGCUCAGAACGCUGUGCUGUUCCUUUCUCUUGCUGCACUCCUGUUCCUGGAGAGGCAGUAAUCAACACUAUGUGUGGCUUUGGGGUUCAAACCCUGGACCGGCUGGAGGUAAACAAGUCAAUCUACCCAGUGGGCUGUGCAGACAGAGCCGGGUUGUGGAUCGAGUCCCAUCUGUUCCUGGUGGGAGCCCUUGCACUGGGUUUGGCCUUGCCUCAGAUUGCAGGCAUUGUGCUGUCCCAGAUCCUGAUCUCUCAGAUCCAAGAAGAGAUUACCUCCGUGUCGUGAGCACAAGCAAAGACUAAGGAGAGCAUGCUGCACUCAUCCCUCAGCACCCUUCCUGAUAUUUCCCAGUUGGGGGACCCCCCCCCCCCCCCAAAAAAAAUCAUUUUGGAGGGGGACAACAGCAUGUUACAAAAAG